AGCCCUUUGAAAUCCUUGGCAUUAUUCAUUCCUUGCAUGAGACUUCCAAGGAAGGCUUAUCUUCUCCCGUGUCCGCAUUUCGUGAAACACGUAGGACGCAACAUAUGUGGCUUCUCAUUGGCCCUUUAUUUUUUUAUUUUAUGUUAUUUUAUUUAUUUUAUUUAUUUUUAUUGUUAUUUUUUAUUUUAGUUUUUGCCAUGGUUUCUUCUCCGAUCGUUUGGCUUCCUUGCUUCUGAUUGUGAUAGAUCCUUGGUUGUCUAAUUCAAAUGGAAAAGAAUUUGAAGGAGGGUCUAGCUAGGCAUCAGAGUAACAAUCGAUAUCAAAUACAUAACUACAUACACAACUUAACGAUCUGAACACAUCUUCUGCCAGCGUUGAAAACGUCAUUGAACAUAGAGGUCAUUUCCUGCUCGGUACUUGAAGGGGCGAUGUGUCGGGUGAAACAAAUUACUUUUGCAACCAAACACCCUUCUAAUUCCCAGGUUGCUCCUAAGCUCUUGCAAAUGUCGCCGCAACAAUAAGGGGGAAUGCCACUGUCGCUUCGGCGUAGACCUAUUACCAUCGAAAAUUGAAUGGUCAGCUCAGAAAACUACAGCAAGUAAGUUUUAGAAUUGUUUCGGUGAUCUUUCGUUGAGGCCGGGGUUCGGCCCUACGGCAAGGGAAAAAAAGGGGAAGAACAAAGGAACAAAGUAGGAAUAAAAAGGAAUAAAAAUGAAUGAAUAACUACCUUCACACUCUUUGCAUCCGGUUUGAUCUUCCCCCACGACACAGCUUCGUCCGGUCGUGCGCCAGCGUCGCUCCCAUCAAACUCCUGCGCCGUGUUGAUAUACACCGCGCUCUCCGCCCCGUUGCGCAUCAAGCAGGCAUUGGCAAUAUGGUGCUUUACCAGGCCGCCACCUAGAAUAAUCAUCCCAGCCCGUUUGGCCCGUACAGCGAUCGUAUUGAUCUUCCGCACGUCUUCCACGAUGUCGACACGGAGCUGCAGCGGCGAGGACUUGAACGUGUGAAAAUACAUCAUGUCCCCCAGGCUGCCAUCGGUCAGUGCAGGGCAGAAGACGGGAAUGUCAUUCUUGUACGCCCAGUAGUAGACCGAAUCUUCAUUAUUGAUUUCCUUCCCGAGCCGGUGGAUGAUCUUGCUCGGGGUCCAGUGGAGCGGGGCAUCUGGUGUCGACGCCCGUGACGCCUCCUGUUCUUCCAACAUUUUAUCGAGAAUCGGCACGACCCAGUCUUCGAAAACACAGUAGUUGCUGUUCGGCACGAUCAGGUUACCGAUGCGGUUCAGGCCUUUGGCCCGUAGCGACGGACCGGGAGUCGCGAAGGAGCCGAGAUAAGUGGGAGCGAGACAUUUAAUAAAAUCUUCCUCUAUUCCGCCCGCGGUAGUGACAAUGGCCGAGACAUGUUUGUGCUGGACGAGGUAACGCAGUGUUUCCCGUAGACCAGAUGAUAUAAGAUUGGAUGUGUACCCUAGGAAUACAGUGGUCCUUUCGCCCGUUUCCGGAUCGCGCCAGGCUCUCUAAAAUAGGGAUAACCAACACCCUGUUAGACAAAUAGGCAUGUCCCGCAGUGGCUGGCUCGGCGUUGCGCUGGAAGAUUGACGUUUGAAGUUUGUUGGGAGAGGCCUCGGAGGGGUAGUGAGGAGGGGCGGAAUGCAGUGUGCACGUACAUACCAUCUCAUUAAUGAUCUGCGCAGCGUCGCCCACCGCACUGGCCUGGAAGCCCAUGGAAGCCAUGCCAUCCACCAACUCCGCAACAGUAAUAUCCCUUCCGGCAUGCUUGUUGAAAUCAAUGCCCCCAACCGGUUUUGAACCCUCAGGAACGGGCUGGGAGGCGACGAACACCGCAUCUGUGACCGAGGGGGGAAGUCCUGCAGCUUGCGAAGUCAUGGUAUCUGCGUUGAACUACACAGAGUACAAUGUUCUGUAUGGGCGCUGAGAAAAGCUGCCAAUGGAUCGGUUGUUGCAAUUGGCUGGGAAAAAUUGCUAUACCAGCAGCUUUUUUUUUGGCUUGCGGACCCUUCUGCAUUGAAAAGUGGCAGAUUAUCGACAAUCUCGGAACAAAACAUGCCACCAAUUUUCCGGACGCUAGCUUCCAUACAGCCCCUGGCAAUUAGCGAACACAAAGGAAAAGAAAGGGAGGAAAAUGUAUAGAAAUAAUUCAAAGAUUGAGGAACCGAAAUACGAGACCGCACUUUUUUGAAUCGGAGCUCAAGUUGUUCCGAACCCAAAAGCGGUCUAGUUGCAGCUCCAAUGGCCCAUUGGCCAGGCCCAGCGAUCCCUGCCCGUCUUUAAUUCUCCAGCCAAUAGACGCCUGACAACAGGCGCACUAACCCGACCCACUCGAGCCUGGGCCGGUGGGUUGUGCACAAUCGAUACUUGACACCUUGUUUGCGCGGUAUCGUUUUGGUUUGUCCGACGAGUGUUGGAAUACAUGUAAGGUCAAUCGUUUUAACGUAAUCCAUAGCCGCCAGGUUAUUAUGCGUGGUCCACUGCCUAAUUUCCUUCAAACUUGGGCCAGUGCCUGUUGAAUACUCCCCAUCAACGCCUGUGACUGGUUGAUUCUUCUUGAUAUCCUAGCAUGCUGCAUCCCUCCAUAGAUCCAUUCGAAGCGCUUGAGAGGAAAUGUUCAGGCCUCAUGUGACCCCAGGUUGCGCAGCCUGCGGUAUGACAUGGGGAUGAAUAAUGAUAGAGAACGAACUCCCUGCUUUACUAAGAGAGCCACUCCGACCCAUCCCCUGCUGUCUCUUGCCUGCCGGUCUUCCCGAUUGCCGUUUCAAGGCCUCAAUUUUUCCCCCAUCAUCAACCUCUUCCAUUUUCCCCCUUCCCCCUUCUUCCUCCCAUAACUCCUCUCGUAGUGGGAUUAUGCUUACUUCGUUACCAUCGAGCUUUUGAAUCAUGGAACCAGAACUCUGCUCCUCAAACUAGUCUAUUGGUUUCUCUUGCUUGGCUGUCGAUCAAGUGUUUGUCCGUCUGUUUUUCCUCACAUUCGCAAAACCAACACUCUCUCGGAAUACAGCGUGAAGUGCCAUCGCCCUCACUAGCCUCGUACCUUUGGAUCUCUCUUUUUCUCUCAUCUGUUGUCAUUAUAUCUCACCAUCAGCGCUGGUUGUUCCAUUUUCCAAUAUCUCAUUGUUUACUGUGUACUCCGUACAGCGUACGGGUUGAACAAGGUUCAAUGCUACCUCCAGUAGUUACACCACUAGUCUUAAAGGGGAAAGGUUUGCUAUCACCGUAGAUUUCCAAGGUUUCGGACUUGGCUAUUUUAAAGAUCACGUGGGCUUCUUACUCGGGAUUUCCCAAAGCGUCGACGAGCGACUACGUUUUAACGACGCUUGAUCUGACACUUUGCAAUCAUACAACUCUCCAUUCAACGCGACAGCUACGCUCUAACACCCUUUACUUCGUGUUUCUUUUGAGCGGUCUUUGUUGAAUGGGCAACUUCUUUCAUGGCGUCUCGCUUUCCGCCCCGAGAACGAUCACCACAUCGGUAUAACGACCGCCGUCCCUCCGCUCCUCACGGCUCCUCGCAUAUCCCUUCUGGCCCUCGUGUUUCUGACGAUGUCAAUUCAACACCUCUGGGAAGGGAACCCCCUCGUGGUCCAAAAGCUCUAAUAGAUCCGCCAAGGGGUGCGCCCUUUGGCCCUUCCGGUCCUAGAGGAAGGGGCUUCCUAGCACGAGGCGAAUUUCGAGAUCGUGAGAGGGAUCAUGAUCCCCGGGAUCUGCGAGAUGGUCUCCCUCCAUUCAGACGGGAUAACGACAGAGACUGGUCCCGGAGAGACCGCGGUUUUGAUUUUAGAGAUGCCCGCGUUCCUUUUGGCCGUGGAAGAUCGAGGUCACCUCCACUACGGGACUUUCGCGAUUCUAGAGAACCUGGCCCUCGGGAUUCCGAUGCGCCAAGAAUGCGUCGCAACUCCAGAGAUGGGCCUGUCGGUUCCAUGAGUGGAGUCCAGGAUGCAUCUCCUCUUCGUGGCCCGUCUCUGCGAGGUCGAGGUCGUGGCGACCGUGAGCGGGGUAGGGGUCGGGGCUUUCUAGAUGAUCGCGACUCGUUCCGACGACGGAGCCGUUCGAGGGAUGCAUGGAGGGAUCGUGAACGUGAUCGCGACCGUGAACGUGAUCGCGACCGUGACCGCGAUAGAGAUAGGGACUUGGAACGCUCUGAUCGGUUCGAUAGGCGUGAAGAUGAUCGGCGAUCGGAACGAGAGGAUAGAGAAAGAGACCGGCCUUCUGAACGCUCAGACUUGUGGAAAAAAGAUAUGUUAUUAGCUAGGACCGAAUCCAAAAGUACAUCUGCAACAUUAGCGACCAUCCCACCUGCAUCGCCCACGCCAUCGUCGUCAUCUAUACUCAGUGCCAAAAGGACUGUCAUCCCCGAAAUCCAUGAUUCAAAUAGGAAAUCCGCAGUCCCCGCACAAAGUACGGGCGAUUCUCGGCAUGAGCCAGAUCGACAGGAACAUCCUACAAUUCGCUUAGACGCACCAAAGGACCGGCCAAUCUCACAAAGCUCUUCUCCCCCAUCUCCACCAGAAGUCCCUGCCUUCGGAUCUAUCAUUAGUCCCAAACCAGCGUCCGAUGAUUCUCCCUUUACCUCGUCCACCAAAUCCAGGCCAUUUGAUGAACUCUCCACUGCAGCAUCGACUACCGCAAAGCCAGAAAAGGAACACAUGGAUGUUUCCGCUUCGUUACCAACUGGGAUAUUACCGCCUACUGGACCAAGAGCUGAGAGGUCGGAGUUUGAACAUUCACACGACACCCGCGUCUCCCGUCCGCAUGGUCUGGAUACUCGAGGGAAAGCUGAGGUGCCACUGCGCCCUGCACGGCACUUUCCGUCCUCAUCUAGAUCUCCGACUAUUACUACGCGCGAUGGUCCUGGUUUCGCGAGUGCAUCUAGCGCAAGAGAUUCACUUCAAUCAUCGCUUCAGGCAGAUGCGAGGACUCAGGAAUUGCCUCUCGGGGUACGGGUUAGCCCCCGACCUAGCUCCUCAUCAGGAUCCCCGCCUACUUCACAAUCAAUGGGAAGAAGUAUUUCACUAUCCCGUAGGUCUGGUUCACCCCCUGUUCCGUCAGCCGCCCCAUUUAAGUCACCAGGACCGAAGACGUCUCCCGGAAUCUCUUUCGCAAGCGUACCCACGGGACCACGGGCUCUCCAGCGACCCAAUGCGCCAAGGAACGCCCCUAAAGUCAGUAACCAAUGGGUUCGCCCAGGGUAUUCAAAUCGUGGACCUUCGAUCAUGAAUUCAGUAUCACCUAUCAAACGUGACGUAUUUGACGACAAGGACAGAGGGUGGUCUUUUGGCGCGUCUGACCCUUAUAAACCUCACGAACUUGAGCGUUAUCCCCAUCGGGAAGAUUCCAAGUCGUCACCAGUUGCUGAGCGAACCGACCGUCCUCCGAGCCACGCUGAAAACAAUGUCGUCCGAGCAGCUGCGACCGUGUCUUCGGAAGAUCACGCACCACGUGCCUCAAUUUCGUCGAUAGCGGACCAAGUUGCUACUCCUCUCAUGUUUGGACAAUCCAGUGGUGAAGAAACAGACGAGGAAGACGACUUGGAUGAAGAAGACUUCAAUGAGGGAGAGAAGCGAUUUGCAAAGGAAAUGCAAGCGUUGACAUCCGAAAUGCCACCUCCAACCCUUCAUGAUCCCGUUAUAGUUGACUUACUGUUACAAAUUCAAAUGCUGGGUAUCAUAGCCGAGGGGGUUGCCCCAACCUAUAUGGACCUGCCAGAUGCAGCGAUUGAGGUCGAAAGGCCGGACCAACCUCCAGCUGUCAUUCCAGUGUCAGCAAAGGAGGCCCAAGGAAUUGAAAUCCCGCAGCCCUCGUCACCAGUGGCCCAGGCUCACACUGCCCCGUCUCUCGAAGUUCCAUCAGUCGAUAACCUUCCCUUCCUCCAAUCUGGGCCACCCACUCCGUUUUCUGACCUAGAGGCUUAUCAGGAAACGAUCCAGACGCAUGACCGGUUGAGAGAGGCUCUUCGCGGGGAGCUAGCCAAGCAGCGUAAAGAAAUAGCUCUCCAUCAUCAGGAGCUACGACGGGAGUAUGCUAAGUAUUAUAAGCCUUGGAGGAUUGCCGUGGAGGAACUAGAUCGCACGAGUAGACAAGAAAAGACAACCACCCCAGGUCCACCCACCCCGCCGUCGGCUACGGGAACGGCUACUACUCCAAGCACCACCGCCGAAGGACGAAGAGGUUACAAACUUAACAGCGAGCUUGACUUCCAAAAUGCGCUGAUCGCAUCUACCAUUACUGCGCGGGAAGAGCAAGCACGUCGACGCGAAAAAGAAGGGCCCGCAAGGCCGGAUACGUCUAAAGAAGCGCUUAUCCCAGAUAUGUUCGACGAACACGAGAAACAAGCCUUUAUCUUCAAGGAUACGAACCACACCGUAGACCCUUCUGCUGCAUAUGAAGUUUUCGCGUUCCACCCGACGCCGGACAAUUUCACCCCCGAGGAACAAAAGAUUUUUACGGAAGCAUUUUUAGAGCAUCCCAAAAAGUGGGGCAAAAUUGCGGAAUAUCUUCCAGGCCGGGACUUCCAGGCAUGCAUCAAUCAUUACUACUUCACAAAGCAGGAAUUCAAGUAUAAGGCCAAAUUGAACAGAAAAUAUGUUCGAAGACGUGGAAAAAGGGCUCCUGCUACCAGGAAUCCAAAAUCAAACGCCCUCAUGUCAGAUCUUGGUGUUCGGCCCGAAUACGAAGGUGAGGAAGUGGAAACUCCCGCUGUCACUGAUACUGGCCGACCUCGACGGGCGGCGGCCCCAACGUUCGGCGAAGCUGGUCCAGAGACAGAGAAUAACACACCUACGCCAAGCUCUGGGAAAAGAGGGAAUCACGGAAAGGAUCCCGCUGAGCCGGGAGUGGAGAAACCUCCCAGCAGACGUGGCGGAAGGGGAGGAGGCGGACGCGGUGGCAGGCGAGCAAAGGCACAGCAAUCUUCACUUGCGACUCCGAUUGCUUCAGCUCCUCCAAAAGUUGAACCAGAAGGGCCAGCAGAUGCAGUACCAGAAUUGCCGAUUGCGAAGGAGAAGAAAGAACAGAAGGAUAUCGCUGCCGAUGAGGUAGUUCCCCGAGCAAAAUCUACAAAGGCUCGCAGCAAGGAAACCGUUUAUGUUUUCGACGCUGCUGAACCCGAAGCUCCAGCAAAACCCGCCGAACCCAGAUCUGGUGCUCUCCAGCCCACUAGUUACUGGUCUGUACCGGAGCAACGAGAAUUUCCAGAUCUAAUCAGGCACUUCGGGAAAGAUUUUGAGGCUAUCUCCCAAUAUAUGAGGACCAAAACUCCUACAAUGGUCAAAAACUACUUCCAGAGACGUGUUGAUUCUGGCCAAACAUUGUUGGAGGAGUACGCUGAGAUGGCUGAGGCGAAGAAGUUGAGUGGAGAACCGCCAGGUCCGCUACCAAUUCCAAAUAUCCCUCCUAAACGGCGAUACGAAGCUACACCAUCUUCUGUCGCUCCACGCCCCCUCGCACCAAACACUGAAGCUACGGAGCCAGCAGAUGCAUCGCUGGCCCCCAAACCAAAGGUCCCGGCAGUCCCUCUAGCUGCGGCACACCAACCAGCCACUCAAUCUCGGCCGCAAGCCGAUAGGGAUCAGUCUCAGCCUAGGUUUUAUCCUCUUGCGCAAGCGACAGCUGCCUCUGGGGUUCCCGUACCACCCGUGAACGACGAAUUGCAACCGCGUUCCAUUCGUCCCCAGCCGCACCAACCCCAGCGCAAUCAGCAAGGCCCUCGAGUCGGAUAUUUCAGUGACGAACGACGAGAUGGGCGCCACCUAAUGCCUAUCCCCCCGGUGCUCACCGUACAGUCUCAGGAGUCCCAAAGCCAGAAGCAGCAGCCGAAUACGGCCCCCAUGCAAAGUCAUGGUGGAGGUUCCGCCUUACAUGCCCAAAAUUUGUCUCGUAGCGAUUUGCUGCCCCAGCCUCAAGAGGCUCAAGAGGUGCUACGGUAUCAGUCACUAGCGCAGCCGGCGUUAUACUCUCAAACCCAGUACCUUCAGCAGUCCCAGACAAACAGCCCGAUCACCCCGGUAGCACGGACACAUUCGAGACGUUCGAGCAAAGCUAUUCCUACACCGACAGCCACAUCUCCUGUGCAGCGCAUGCCCAAACAGGACUUCGAUUCAGCUUCUCUUCCACGUGACGAUACGACCGUGCAACCGAAAUCAGCUCUUCCCCAUCCUAGCCAACUUAUAGGUAUAAAGCAACAGUCACCUGCGGUAUCACCAGCCAAAGAACCCGCUCGUCCAAGCUCGACCCCGGCACAAGUUUUUCCAGAGCCUCCACGUCAAGUUCCUGCUAAAAGGUCAAAUAUCAUGAACAUUUUAAAUGAUGAUGCUGAAGAACCACCGUCUCGAAAGAAGUUUGCGAGUGACCAAUCCUCAGCGGCAAAUACUCCACAGUUAUACUCCAUAUCACAUUCAAUGUCUCAGCAAUCGCAACUUCCCCCUCGCGAAGAGUCGGUACACUCUAGCAGGCAGCUACAGCAUCAAAGGUCGCACUAUCUGCCCCAGCAGUCACAAGUACCGCAACAAAAUCAACUAUCAAAUACUCCCUCCCGCUCAUACCCCGAAUAUUCUAGCUAUUCUGUUGGCUCUGUGACUGGAUCUGGGACGGCGACCCAGGAUUGGAUGGCCAGGCUAGACCCGAGGGGUCAGCAACAGUCUCAAGCAACCGACCAUGGUCUUUCCCGUUUACCAGCUCAGCAAGCCCCAUCCCUAGGAUACAUGAGCACCGCACAACAGGCCACAAACUCGGGGUCGAAUCUUCACAAGCAGGCACAGCAGCAGCACCGUUCGUCAUACAACCCGCAACCCUCACAGCCGGUACAGCAAUCUCAGCCCGCCGGGUUCCAGGGCCAAUCUCAACAUCAGUCAAAUAUUAACCUUGGGAAACGUGAUUCUCCCUUGACAUUACAAGCCCAGCCUUUUCAUCCAUCUUCCCCACAGCAUCGUCACACCUCAGUACCUUAUUCUCGACGGACAUCACAGCAGCAACAGCAGCCAUCUUCCCCACUCCACAUUUCAGCAUCAGCCCUACCCCAAACGCAGCAGCACUCUUCAUAUACUCAGAGCCACUUGAGUCAGCCACCGCAACGUCAGCAUCAUUCUUCAGCUAGGCAUCAGCUUGGACACAACCCCCAGCAUAAUGGACAGAGUGGCAGCGGGUCUCAACACAUGCAGCACAUUGUUCCGCCUACGUCCCCUCACCAUCACCCCACAUCAUCACUACGCCAAUCUCAACAGCAGCAGCACCAGCACCAGCCCCGACACCACCAACAGCAACAGCAACAUCACCCUCAACAUAUCUCCCCUCUUGGUCUAGGAAAUCAACAUAGUACUAGUUCAUUCGGUCACAAUCCGUCACACCUACAACCGGCUCAUCGGACAUCCAGCAAUAUCUCGAUUUCUUCACCGAACCCGCAUCAGAACGCAAAUCUUGGGAGACCUUACACUCCACCAUCCGCUUUGCACCAACCUUCCCCAGGCGGACCUUCUUAUUCUUCUGGUAUUGUUGCUCCCCACCCCAAUCAGGGACCGCAACAACAAGGGUUACACCCAAUGCACCAGCACCAGCACCCGAAUCAGCAUCAACACCAACAACUUCAUUCUAGACUCCCUGGACCGACCCAUCACCGCGCUUACUCGCAAGAUUCGAGACAAUGAAAUAGAAAUUCGGAUGCGUCCUUUCUCUUAAUGGUCAUGCAAUCACUAUCUUUAUGGAUUUCAUCUGUAAUCCCUGGCGGGUCCCGUUUCUGUGCAUACAUGUUUUGUUGCCUAAGCAUUUCAUUCGCUAAUUUCAUUCUCAUUUCUUAUUUCUUUUUCUUUUUCAUGUCCGCCCCCCUGUUUGUAAAAUCAGUCUGGGGGAGGCGGGACGUGAAACGUGUUACCUUCAAUUUACAUUUUUCAUUUUCUCCCCUGCAUUAUUACACCCAUUAUAUCAUGUUUUCGGUCGUUUCUGUGUGUUUUCUACCUUCUAGCAUAAGUAUUGAAUUUAUUGGUAUGAGCCUCGAACAACAGAAGGUUAAUUGCAUGGACUUUUCCUUAUUGGCGCAACGAUUCCAUUAAACUAUAUUCAGGAUCAAGCCAGCCCUCCAGUUGUAGGCAGCAUGAGUAAAUAAGGCAGGCAGGCGUACGCCCACGCUUUGUUUUUGAACCAGAGCGGAUGAACCAGAGCGGAAUUGUUCAUUGUCAUCAUCAAAGAGCCCUGGUACUCAAUCCUUCAUGUCCAUUAUUAGAAUUAAAAUAUUACAUGGCGGCUCGAUAUAUUCCAUUAUAUAACCCCCAGCUGACCGAUGAUAGUGUGUCAAUUUUAGUACUAAGCCUCAGUUGUGAUUCAGUGUAAGGAGUGAACACUACUUCCCAGCGGAACAGCACAGCCAACUGCAGAAUAUUCAUCCCCUUACGAGCAGUACCCGUUCAUUCCUUAACAGUACAUGUACCUACAGCAUGCGCAAUAUCGACCCCGGUCAUUCACAUUUCAUUAUGCGGGGACAGCCACCGGCGAUUUCUGCAUACCGUUCCAGAAUCUUGAACAUGUAGAAUAUUCCUUGUCAGGUGAAUUACUCAAUGCUUCAGGUUGAAAAAUGGGUUUCGAAGAAGAUUUACAUUUCAUCCUCAGCAACAAAGUCAUAAUAGCCACCCGCUUAAAUACAAGCAGCAAUUAGUGAGCUGUGCAGAUAAAUCUGGGGAUCAAUGACCAAAACGUCAUUCGAGAGAAAGAGAUAGCAAGGAUAUAACGCCGCAAAAUGACCAGGGAGGUAUAAGAAGCAAAACAUGGGGAAUAAAAACAGAGAAACAUUUGAUGAUAUCGUAAAACAUAAAACAUAAAACACACAACUGAACAGUAACGGACAGGUACAAUUGACAUAACCCAGUAAGCUGCGAGUCCCUGGAAUCAAAACGCAAAAAGGAAUGGUGAAAUCGAAA